AUGAGAAGGUCGACCACAGUUUUCCAGCAUUGGACCAACUUGGCAAAGUGUAUCAAGCAUGGAAGCUGUCUAACUGGAACUUAUCCGGCGUGAUACCUCCUUGAAUGGCUGUGUUCUCUCACGGUGUGAUUGGAUGAAAUGCCUUCGGAGAUGUUAUCUAUCCCCUUGCGAGCUUCGUGUGGUUGAACAUGCCUUCCAUUGUGUUGUUCCAAACAAGGGUCGACAGGACGGAUUGCAGCGUUCAAAAUGGCGAGCCUGAAUGCACGACGCUUUCACAUUGCUCCAUCAUACCCACAAAGCUAUGGCAUCAUCGGAUUCCCUAUCAUUGCUUGCAGUUGCUGGCCUUCGUCUUCAACUGGGGCUUGCUCGGCAUCCUCAACACGCAAGUCUACGUGUACUAUUGUAAUUUUCCAGCAGACCGUAUAUACCUGAGGUGCCUAGUAUACGGCAUUUUGACCUUCGAAUGGGUCCAGACGGGCUUGGUCACUGCGCAAAUGUUUGAUGUUUACCUUUACAACUAUGGCAAUCGGGCUGCCAUCAUAUCCACUAAAUGGAUUUGGUUCUCUGCUCCAGUCAUGGGUUCUGUCAUAGCGGCAACGGUGCAAUUGUUCUUUGCAUGGCGUAUAUUCGCGCUAGCCAAACCGAGCAAGCUUCAUCGUGCAGCCUUGCGCAAGGCAAUGUACGCAUUAGUGUUCGUUAUUGCGAUUCUAUCAGUCGGUCAGGCAAUUUCAGGGGUUACUGGCGGCAUCUUGGCACGCGUGUCGCCUUCUGCUCGCGACAUGAAUAAUGCAGACAUUCCUCUAACGCUCUGGCUUGUGUUGAGCGCAGUCGAUGAUGUCCUCAUUGCGACUACCAUGUGUAUCUUGCUGCUCAAGAGCAAAACAGGAUUUGCCUCGACAGAUGCUUUAAUCCAUCGCAUCAUGAAACUCACCGUGGAGACGAAUGCCGCCACCGCAUUCUUCGCCGUCGUCCUAGCCAUAAUCGCGGGCAUUCCUCCAACACAACGCUCGUCUAUCAAUUUCCGAGUAUCGUGCUUCCCAAAGUAUACGCCAAUUCCUUCGUUGCGAACAUCAACAGUCGAGCGUCCUUGAGACAGCAAAAUUCUAUCAGAGCUUCACUUCAAGUACCUCACAUCGCCACGUCUCCGGAAACAACAGUACUAGACACCGUCGCAGACAUUGAGGCGUCAAGAGAAAACAGUGGAGAAACCGCGUAUAAUAAGGAUCGUGAUAUGAGCGAGACGA